GACGUGAUGAGGCUGGUCUUGGUUAAACCUACCAAUGAAACGGGCCUUCUUGACUCGACCGGUGCCACACGCAGUGAAAGGGUGCCGGAUCAUUGCAACGCAAAGCGGCAGUCGCAAUCCGCCGCAGGUGAGGGGGGGAUGCAGCAUCGAUACUCGGGAGCUGUCCAUCAGCACCACCACCAUCACAACAGCGCUUCCCCCAGACCAGCCACCCCAACGUGCAGUCUUCCUCCACCGGUCCUAAACCAGCGCGGCCCCUUGCCAAAACAGAGCCAGAAACUGCCCAGUCCAUUUAGUCAGGACGACUGCACGCUGCAACGAGGCGGUCCAGCAGCACCAGUGAGAAGCCAAGGGAGCGACCCAAGUCUCGAAGACUCUUCCUUAAAUCGGCAUCAGAGCAUCACGCAAUCGGAAAGGUUCGACUCCCCGCGCAACCAGUGUCGCCACUCGGAGGCGGCAAAUCCUUGCCAACGCCACGGCGCCUGGUGCCCUCAGAGUUCGUCACAUCAUUGCAGGAAAGGAGCGAAUUGCCAACAAGACCGUUUCUCGUGCAGCUGCGGCUCGCAAGAGCUCCAGAAGCAAGCACAGCAACGACAUCCCACCCAGCCGAACCCCCCUCCGCCGACGGAAGCCGAACCGCAGCUACAGGUCCAGCAGCAGCUGUUGGUGAGAAGCAGCUUGCCAAACUGCUGCGUGAAGGGAUCCGGGGAGCUAAGAAGUCAGCAGCCGUGUGCGCUGCAGCAACAGCAGCAACAAGCACACGCGGAAUGGCAACCGCGGUUCCUUGACAACGACGGUCAAAGAAAUCAUCCCCGUCACUCGCGACAGUGCCAUCACACCCGCGCAUCCACGCCUGAUAGAUGUCAGGGGAGCAGAAACUCAGUUUCGCCGCGGAGUAAAAGCAGCCCGCUGUCAUCUGACAGUCGCCUGUGGCUCGAGGAGAGUAAACACAGACACGAAGGGCAUAAGGUGAAUGCGGAUGCCAACAGGCUGAGCCAUGCUGGAUCGCGGCCUUCGCUGUCCCAAAGUGGCCCACAGUAUCCUCAGAUAGCCAUGAACAGCUGCAAGUACAAUGGGGGCAUAGUCAGACCACUCAGCAGUCUUGGAGCGUCCCGGAGGAACCUGGCAGAGCUGGACUCGGAGACACAGCCUUUACAGACCCUACACACUUCUGGCCUAGAGGUGGUGGUCUCCAAAGGGAACGGAGAAGACCCGAGUAAGCAGUCCUGUGAGAAUCUGGUGGAACAGCGACCGUGCAGCACUUCACACAAGAAGAACAAGGACAUCGGAUAUAAGCUCGGGCACCGGAGGGCCCUGUUCGAGAAACGCAAGCGCCUUAGCGACUACGCCCUGAUUUUUGGAAUGUUUGGGAUUGUCGUCAUGGUGACAGAGACUGAGCUCUCUUGGGGAGUUUAUACAAAGGAAUCCUCAUAUUCAUUUGCACUGAAAUGCCUUAUUAGCCUCUCCACUGUAAUUCUGCUCUGUCUGAUCAUUAUGUACCACGCACGAGAGAUUCAGCUUUUUAUGGUGGACAAUGGAGCAGAUGACUGGCGGAUAGCCAUGACGUAUGAGCGUAUCUUCUUCAUUGUGUUGGAGCUCCUAGUGUGUGCCAUCCACCCCAUCCCAGGUCAGUACGUCUUCACCUGGACUGCCCGCCUGGCCUACACCUACGCCACUUCUGUGGCUGAUGCAGAUGUGGACAUUAUCCUCUCCAUCCCCAUGUUCCUGCGGCUGUACCUGAUUGGGCGGGUCAUGCUCCUGCACAGCAAGCUGUUUACGGAUGCCUCAUCACGCAGUAUCGGAGCCCUUAAUAAGAUCAACUUUAACACACGCUUUGUCAUGAAGACUUUGAUGACUAUUUGCCCAGGCACAGUCCUGCUGGUUUUCAGUAUAUCGUCAUGGAUCAUAGCUGCGUGGACUGUGCAUGUCUGCGAGAGAUACCAUGAUAAACUGGGAGUCACCAGUAAUUUUUUGGGAGCCAUGUGGCUGAUAUCCAUAACCUUCCUGUCUAUUGGUUAUGGAGACAUGGUGCCUAACACAUACUGUGGAAAGGGUGUCUGUCUUCUCACUGGAAUCAUGGGGGCUGGUUGCACUGCCCUUGUUGUAGCUGUGGUAGCCAGAAAGCUAGAGCUCACCAAGGCUGAAAAGCAUGUCCACAACUUUAUGAUGGACACUCAACUCUGCAAAAGAGUGAAAAACACGGCUGCUAAUGUACUCAGGGAAACAUGGCUAAUCUACAAACAUACUAAACUCGUGAAGAAGAUUGACCAUGCCAAGGUUCGGAAACAUCAGCGCAAGUUUCUUCAGGCCAUCCAUCAAUUGAGAAGUGUUAAGAUGGAGCAGAGAAAGCUUAAUGAUCAAGCAAACACGCUGGUCGACUUGGCAAAGACACAGAAUGUGAUGUAUGACCUGGUAUCGGAGCUGCAGGAGCGCAGCGAGGAGCUCGAGAAACGGAUCGGUCACCUAGAAACAAAACUGGACUCCAUAAACAGCAGUCUGCAGGCUCUGCCUGGCCUGCUUUCACAAGCCAUACAGCAGCAACAGCAACACCUGCUGGACGGGCUGACUCAACGCGGAUUCACAUUCACACGACCCUCCUCGCAGACUUCCGAGCGCUCGUGGGCGUCCUCGGUACACAGACGGAGAUCACCCUCUACCGCACCACACACGUCGUCUGACAGCGGCUAGCACGCUCGCACACACUCGAAACCAUAUUCUAAACCUACACACACACUCCUUCACACCUAUCAUCAACUAACACUGCUGAAUAUAUACUUUUAGUACUAAAACGUUAACAUGAACGACAACGUCAAUACACUGAAAAAAAAACGAAUGAAUUAACACAUCAUGGUAGAGAUAUGGUUUAUGUUUAGCCAUUGUAUGGCUGUUUAAAGUUAGCUUUUUUGUAAAGCCCUUGUAUAGUAAUGGACUGGAUUCAGAUGAAGGGGUGGAAUGGAUUUGUAUAAAGACAUAGUUUGGAACAGAAGAUUAAAUGGAAGUAAACCUAUGAAAUCGAGGAGGCUGGACGAUGCAAGAGAGAGAAAGUCACCAAAAGGACAUCCUAUCUGUGGCAGUUCUGUAGGCUGUGUUCGGAAUAGCAUACUAGCAUACUUCUAUUGUUGUGCACUACACACAAAAUUGGGUUAAAAAAUGCAAAAUAACUUUAUUUCCAAGUUCAUAAUAGACAAUUUUAAUUAAAUUAAAGACGGGAAAUAAGGAGCUGCUGUAAGAAUGCAGUAUAAUGUCGUUUAAACGGGAACCGUGGAAUAUAAUGCCUACUCUUUUAAUCACUAUUUUGAAAAAUAGCAGGCACCAUACAUGACAUACUGCACAGUAUUCAGUCGUAAACUAGUGUUCUAUUUUAGAUGUAUUUUGAAGCUGUAAGGGCCUUUGGAAGAUGGGUCGGAGAGGAAAAAUGUAUCAUAUCACAUUUUGUGCUAUUAAAUGCAAAACAAUCUUUGGGGAAGUGUGUGUGGUCUUUCAUGCUCUUCAGGGAGAUUUACAGGAACCACAUCAAAUACCACCAAUUAAAAUUCAUUCAUAAAGCUUCCAAGGGUCCUUCCAGCUUCUUUAAUUCAGGCAUUUUGCAAGACAGCCUGGGGAUGUGCUUGAAGGGAUAUAUACACAGCAAUGCAAAUGAUAAUGGAGUUAACCUUUAGAAAGGUUUUCUCUUCAUUUUACUAUUUUUAUCUCUUUUUAUUAUUUACCUAGAUUGUUUUAUAGCUUGUAGAGGAAAAACAAUAUGUUACUGCAGACGUGCUGCAUAGUUAAAACCAUUCAAUCCUUGAUCAAAGCUAGAUGAAAAAAUCACCUCGAUGUAGAAAUGAAGAGAUAAACCCCACACCCAUAUCAAAAUAAUUUUAACUGAUGUGUUUCCCAGUUCCGGGUUUAGACCGAAAAUGUCAAGAUGUGAUAGUCUUUACGGGUUUGGAAAACAGCAAACUGCCUUUACUGUGUGUCUUUGGCCAUGUUGACCAAGCUGUAGCAGAUUUACAUAAUGCUGGCCUCCAAUAUAUGAGA